GGGAGACACGGCGCUGGCGCCGAUCGUGUGAGCCACUCUAUUUGCGGAAUAGCCGACAGACGCGCGCGUGUCGCACUGACAAGUUGAUAGUGAUAUUGCCGUCUAAACGCGAGUGAAGUGCGAUCAGUGCCUGGUUCAUCAACGUCCAGACGCAAGCGAUGCGUCGCAUCUGUGCUCAUCGGGGAUUACUCACGCGCAUGUCACGCGGGAGUCUUAUACGUUUUUAAGAUUCAAACCGGUAGCAACACCAAUCGGAUGCUGCAUACACACUGCAAACCUGAGCCGCCCCCUGCACGCUCAUGAGGAGCGAUUGUGCGCUAUGGGCGGUAUAUGCUGCGCUGGCGCUGCUAAUGAGCGCUAGCGCAGAUCCUUUAGCAAACGCAAUUGAUGAAAGCGAGGACUUCAACGUUGCCGUGUACGGUAUUGGACCAGAUGCAUCUGAAACUAGCGGUGCGGCUUUGGCUGGAGUUGCAGCACUUGUACUACAAACAGCGGGUCUGCACGCUGAGCCACAGACUCCACCUGUAGCCUGCAUUACACCAAACGCUGUUCCCGAUGCCUGCGUUGCCGCCUCGUUGUCAGCAUUAUCUGCUGGCCGUGCACACGCUGUGUUAAUGCCUGUCCGCGCGACUGGCGUGCCCUCUGCGCCACGACUGCGCGAUUCUGGCCUCGAAGAGCUUGGAGAUGCUGCGCCACCCUGGCGCCGCACUUGUCUCGUUACUGCCCCACCUGCGCGUUCCCUGCUCGACUUAGCAGACCCGCUAAUUGCAUCCGCCUACCACUUAACACAACAAGACUUGAACGACGUCGGAUACCGAUGUCAAUCCAAAAAUUGCACGUUCGUGCCAGAACGGUGCUCCAGUGAAAACGUUACAUGUGCAUCCUUACUGACCAGUGAUGAAAGUGAAAAAAACGUUUUAGCAGUUAUAGUGAGUGAUAAUGACUUAUAUGCUAAUGUCAUUUCCCUAGGACCUCGAUUUUUGAAAAUCGUUGAGCGUCUUGAGAAUCAUGCUCUUUUAGUCUGUGAUCAAACUUUACAUUUGGCAUCUUUGGGCCAUCUUCCAACAAGAGUACUCGGUCCUCCGCCAUGUCAAGGUACAAGUCCGUGUCCAUUCGAAGCUAAUCGAUUAAUAAAAAUUGCAAAUGUGCGUUUACUUGCACGUUACCCGAGUGCUUUACGCUCUCUUGUCCAUCUCUCGUUUACGGCUGAAGAACUAGCUAAUUUAACGUCGCUUGCCACGAGUGGACCAGAAGCAGCGGCACAUGCGUAUGUCGCUACACAUCCAUCAUCUACGUGGCCUGGAGAGGCACGCGUAGCAGUACUCUUGCCUGCCAGCACAAUGCGAGUCGCCUACGAAGCCAGUUCGUUCGAAGCCGCUGCUGAGCUCGUGGAGAGAGAAUUGGAAAAUGAACGACAACCACGUGCGGCACGUUUCAAAGUGGAGGUGUUCGACGACGCAUGUUCCGCACCACGGGCAUACAAGUAUCUAACGGACGCCCUGGGAACUGGAGAAUACGGUGCGCUGUCUGCGCUAGCAGGUCCAGCUUGCGGAGCCGCUUUUGCUGAUGUGGCACGACAAAGCCCCGCGCAUGCUUUACCAGUGCUUGCAUAUACACCGCAAGCUCCGCCCCCACCUCCUGCCACUGCGUUGGCGCUACUCGCAGCUGGCGAUGCUCGACAGUACUCUGAAUUGUGGGCCGCGUUACUGACACGGAUGCGCUGGCGACGACUAGGAAUACUCAGUGAACCUGCCACGCACCCGUCUCUCGACGUCGCGCGACUUCAAACUUAUGACGUCACACACUUUGAACUCGUCGAUGAUGGCACUAAUAUUCAUAAAGACCUCAUUUCACAAUGGGCAAAACGCGCGGCUACGUCAAAUAUACGAAUAGUGUAUGUCUGCCUAGAAGAUGCUCGCGAAGUAAGAGCUGCAUUGUGCGCAGGACAUGCAGCGGGCCUUACACCAUCCGCCGGCACCGUGUGGUUGCUGCCGGGCACGCUGCCGGACGGUUGGCUUCAACAAGAUCACGCAGAAACUGAUGAAUGCGGAGCACUAGCAGUGGUAGCAGAAGGUCACCUGCGAGCUGUACCUGCUUGGUUAGCAGAAUGGGGUGGACCGCAGCGUGCAGACUGGGAGAAACGCUGCCCAGGUUGCCGGCCGCGUGCCGCCCUGCUGUAUGAUGCGUUGCGGCUAUGGGCCGCUGCAUUACGACGCCUACUUGCCGCAAAACCAACCUCACUGGACGAUUUGCAUCGGCCAGAUCUCGUCAGGACACUCAUCAAUGACUUGACAUCAACUAAUUACACAGGCCUAACCGGUACUUUCAAAUGGGCAUCUACUGAUGGAGUGCAUGCUCGAUUGGUGCCUCUGGUAAUUCAACAAUGGAGAAAUGGGUCCUACAUUGACGUAGGCAGAUGGAAUGGAAGCGAUUUGUCCCUCGACAUGUCAGUGUUGCGCUGGCAAACGAGCGACGGUCGUAUACCCGAUGACGGCAGCGAGAACUGUGGAUUGCAACAACUGGCUGACCUGCUUGGUGGGGACUGCCGUACAGCUUUCAUCGCACUUGCGGCACUAUUAUUAGCAGCGUUGGUGACUGCUUUAGCUUCACUCGCAGUGUAUUGCCGACGACGUACUGAGCGGGAAUACCGCGCGCACCUCGAAGCCCUCCGUCUACGAACAUACGGAUUAAAGCCCGGCGGUCUUGAUCGCUGGGAGCUCCCACGUGAGCGAGUCGUCAUCAACAGAAAACUCGGCACCGGGGCAUUCGGAACUGUCUACGGCGGUCACGCGUUACUCGCUGAAGAUCGGGGCUGGACCGCGGUUGCUGUAAAGACACUGAAAGCUGGUGCUUCUACUGAAGAAAAACUCGACUUCUUAUCAGAAGCAGAGGCUAUGAAACGUUUUGAUCAUAAAAAUGUAGUGCGCCUAUUAGGUGUAGUGACAAAGACUGAACCUGUGUGUACUGUGAUGGAAUUCAUGCUUUACGGAGAUCUGAAAAAUUAUCUACUGGCGAGGCGACACCUCGCUAUUGAGGGUGGUUUUGGUGCGGAAUCUAAUGAAACGGCAGAAGAGGUGUCACCCCGGCGGCUCACUAGUAUGGCGUUGGAUGUGGCACGUGCAUUAUCAUAUCUGGCGCAACUGCGCUAUGUACAUCGUGACGUGGCAGCACGAAAUUGCCUCGUAAGCGCGCAUCGCGUCGUCAAGCUCGCAGAUUUCGGCAUGACUCGGCUGGUCUUUGAAAAUGAUUACUAUCGAUUCAGUCGCAAAGGCAUGCUGCCCGUGCGAUGGAUGGCGCCAGAGAGUCUGGCAUUGGGCGUGUUCUCGCCAGCAUCAGACGUAUGGUCAUUCGGUGUGCUGCUCUACGAGAUUGUCACUUUCGGCUCAUUGCCAUUCCAAGGACUAAGCAACAGCGAAGUUCUUGCUCGUGUCAAAGCCGGUAACACAUUGGAACUCCCAACCGGAUUGAAGCCACAACUAGAGGGAUUAAUAAAGUCCUGUUGGCGGCAAGACUACAAGACACGACCGGCGGCGUCUGAAGUGACUGCGUUCUUAGCGGAUUCGCCGCGUCUACUAACACCGUGUCUGGAUGUACCAUUAGACUCUAUGCCACUUGACGCUGAAACGCCGUGGCGCACAGCCAGGGAUCGCGCUGAGGCUCGCUGGGUAUCGUGGGCUGCACCGCCGUCAGCAGCUACUGACACUACAUACCUGAGUGCCGACGGGCAAGUGCCACAAGAAAGUGAUGUUUUCUUGCCCUGACAAAGCCAAAAGAAUAAAUUCCUACUGUUGUACCUCUUUAACAGACAUGAUGGACGAAACAAAAUGAGCCAUUAUAACCUCAUAUCAUGGAUUGUUUACUAUGAUCUAAGAUUACCAAAACCGCUGGGCAGCUGUCUGGUCUCAUAUGUGGAUAUAUCAGAAGAAAUUAAAAUAUAUGAAACUCACAAUAUUCCACUCACAAAAUUUUGUAAUUGUUUUCAUUGUGUGAAGUAUUUCUACGAAACGUAGUUAUGGAAUGCAUAUUUCUUGAUUGUACUUUUGCUGACGGAUAAUAAAUUUUGUAAAUAUAUAGUAAAUAGAAUAUGGAACCGAAAAACUUAAGAGACGCUAAUAACUAUUAUAGAAAAAGAACAAGAUGUUAAUGUGAAAAAUGUGAAAGUUUAGUGCCGUAAGUAUAUUAUGUGAACUGAGUGAAAGAUGAUCGUAUGAACACUCGCACACAAUGACCAAAUGUUUUCGAUGUUAGCCCGAAAAACCUACAUAGACAAAUAUAGGCAAAACAAUAAAAUGUACCUAAACUAACCACAUUAGCAUCAGCGUAAUUAGGAGGUGCCACCUCCCUAUUGACGGAUGACUGAACCAAUCCCUGUCCAUAUUCCUGGAACAAAACUCAAACACCUAGAUAAUAUACUAUACUUACAUACUUGAUGGUUUUAAUAUUUGUGAUAAAUUCGUGAAUAUUUAUAAGAUUUUUAAAAAGGUUUAGUACAAAUCUUCACCACGAGCUUUAAUGCUCUGUCUCAAGUAAGGCAGAAUUCUAUUCACAUUCUCAUUUCCAUCUGACUAUCCAGAAUCAGAAUUCAUUUAUAAGUACUAAAUGAUAUAUCGCAAAAAUGUGAUGUGCAUAAUCAAUUAGAGUUGUGGAGAUGUCCAUCGUACCUACAACCGUAAGUGGAUUUGCUCUAAGCAUUUGUGGACCCUACCUUAGACACGGCGUCGAUGAUUUGACAAAAAACGCACCAUAAAACUUACGUUCCGAUAAUGACUACAGAAAAUUAUACUAGAUAGAGUUAUUACUUUACAAACUAUAUAUUAUUUCUCUAAAUAUGUCAUUUUAUUACGUCAAUACAUAAUUUGAUAAAAAAAUAUAGGAUGUUGAUUGGUAAAACAAUGUAAAUUACACUUAAAUAACGCAAAAUACAUUACUUGUCACAUAGUUAUUUUUAAUUCUUGAUUCAUUUCUGCGAUUUGAGAAUUAGUUACAGAAAUUCCUAGGUUUAUAAUUUGUUGGAUUAGAAUAAGCGACCUGUUUUAUUCUGUUGUACUUGGAUAAGGCAGCUUAUAUAUUUUUAAAUUGAUAUGUUUCACAUGAUAUACAUUCAAAUCUUUGUCUCUUGUGAAGUAAUGUUUGCGAACUGAAAUGUUUGUCAAAUAGUUAGUGUUCAUAAUAUUAUUUUGUUUGUUAUUGGUUUUUGUCAAAAUCUUUAGACACGCUGACGUACAUAUAAUGUUUAAGGGCCUAUAAAUCCAUCACUCCUACCUCAAUAUAGCUGCUCGAUAGCCACUCUACUUUGCUACUACUUUGAUCAUUCCGAGAUUAUUCUAGUCAUUUUAUUUAUUUUAAGCUGUUUGAUUAAUUAAUUGAUAUUUUUGUAAAUAUUAUUAUACAUUUUAUAGUUCCUG